ACCACAGACACAGAGAGAGGCUUCAUUCCCAGCCCAAAGAUCCAGCCCUACGCAUCCUGCGCUCAACACAAACCCGCUGUGUGUCAGUGUGUGUGUGUGUGUGCGCGUUUUCUCCGCCGUUUUCACGCGUGAAUCAAGGCCACGAGGAUUGAGGACAUACCGGGCCCUGGACAUCACCGUUUAAUUUAAAAACAAACUGUGAGAAUUACCUCUACUGCUCACUGAAGGCUUCUGAAGAAGAACAAAUAGCGAUAAACUAAAACACAGUCCUUCGGUCAUGCAGCGCACCUGCCAGACCUCCGCGGCCGGACCGGACUGUUGAAGAAACACCGGGCAACUUUUGGGGGAAGAAGUUGCCGUCAGAUCGGUUGUUGAAGCGAGGGGGUGGAGGGGGCAAACUAAGUCCCUCCAUCGAGUAGAAGCACCUUUUUUUCUUCACAUAUUCAUCCUUGAUAGGAAGGCGAAACGGCGACUUCAGUUGAUUAUCUGUCUUUCCUUGGCUAUCCAAUGGAUAUUCACUGCAAAGCAGAUCCCUUCACCGCGAUGCACUUAUCCCACGUAGGGCACGGGGGGGUAAACCAGCUCGGCGGGGUGUUUGUGAACGGCAGACCCCUCCCGGACGUGGUGCGGCAGCGGAUCGUGGAGCUGGCCCACCAGGGAGUUCGGCCCUGCGACAUCUCCAGACAGCUGCGGGUCAGCCACGGCUGCGUCAGCAAGAUCCUGGGCAGGUGGGUGAACACUCUCCGGACAAGCCCUGCAGCCAGGUAUUACGAGACUGGCAGCAUCAAACCCGGUGUGAUUGGUGGGUCUAAACCUAAAGUGGCCACUCCAAAAGUGGUGGACAAAAUUGCAGACUACAAGAGACAAAACCCCACCAUGUUUGCUUGGGAGAUCAGAGACAGACUGCUGGCGGAGGGCGUCUGCGACAACGACACAGUGCCCAGCGUCUCAUCCAUUAACAGGAUCAUCCGAACAAAAGUCCAGCAGCCAUUCCAUCCGUCUCCUGAUGGGUCGUCCCUGACGCCAGGCCAUACUAUAGUACCGAGCCAAGCCUCUCCGCCUGUAACCAGCGCCUCCAACGACCCAGCGGGAUCAUACUCCAUCAACGGGAUUCUGGGUAUCCCCCGAUCCAACGGCGAAAAGAGGAAAAGAGAUGAAGAUGGUUCAGAUGGUUCUGGCCCACACAGUGAUUCUCAGGGUAGUGUGGAGAGUUUACGGAAACACCUUAGGGCAGAUGCCUUCACCCAGCAGCAGCUGGAAGCGCUGGACCGGGUCUUUGAACGCCCCUCGUACCCUGACCACUUCCCUACAUCGGAGCACAUCAAACCCGAACAGGCUAAUGAGUACUCGCUCCCUGGCCUGAAUUCCAGGCUGGACGAAGUCAAGCCCAGUUUAUCCUCUAGCGUCAACCCAGACCUGGGCCCCAGCGUGUCGCAAAGCUACCCCGUAGGUCGAGAUAUGUCCAACACAACCCUACCUGGGUACCCCCCCCACGUUCCCCCCACGGGCCAGGGCAGCUAUCCGACCUCCACGCUCGCCGGAAUGGUUCCUGGGAGUGAGUUUUCGGGGAACCCCUACAGUCACCCACAGUACACAUCCUACAAUGACGCCUGGCGAUUCAGUAACCCAGCAUUACUAAGUUCCCCUUAUUAUUAUAGUGCCGCAUCCAGAGGCUCCGCCCCUCCAACUGCUGCCACUGCCUAUGACCGUCACUAGUUCCCAUGGGGACCAAAUCAACCUGCAGGACCCAUGGUGGAAGCAUGGUCCACUGGACACUGAGCAACUGCGCAUAAAAUCUUCCCGGCUCACGAUGAGAAACUAAAUUUUGGGGGGGGGGGGGGGGGGGGGGGAUUCCAGGCGACUUCUCUCCUCGCAGCUUUUUUUGGACACUUAAAGCCAAAAAAAUACCUACAAGAAGAUCAUCAGAGACACUAAAAUAAAAUCACCCGACACACAUGCUGAAAACUGUGGCUAAUUGCAGGAAGAAAAAAAGAAGAAAAAAAGACUAAAAACAAAGGUCUCGGAUCAAUACGGAACAUUCCUUUUCUUGACGGCUCUCAGCAGGGACGCGUCCAGAGCUUCAAAUGUAGCAGCAGCCUUUUUCUUUCCUGUUACCAUUCGUCUCCCACUCCGAUUCAGAUGGCAGCGCAAUGAGAUCAGAGGAGAUCAGCAGCAGCACACGCAGGCUGUGGCAGGCUAACGUUGUUUUGAUCCAUCUAAGCAGUCACCGACCAAACAUCCAGCAUGAGUAAAUCGAUCCUUUUUGAUGCCAUGAGAAGAUUAGGACAUGUUCUCUGUGAUACACAAUCAAGAUGUAAAAAUGAAAAUGAAGUAAAUAAAGAAACAUCCAUUUGAAAAUAGAGGGAGCCAUGACAAUAUAUCACCAUGGCCCGCUAUUUGCAAGAUUUCAAGAAACUAGUAAAUAUAUUCUUAAAAUGAUUUUUUUAUUUCAUUUUUAUAAUUCGUAAACGACUAAACUGCGGACUGCUUGGCUAGUGUGUUCCUAUUUCUUAUUUGUCUGGAUACAAAAUGUGAUCAGGCAAAACAUUUGUGUUUUUUGUUAAUUUUGCACUAUGUUGGAGCUUUGCAACACUGGAGCGUUAUUAUGCAGAAAAAUGACGAUGCAUAUUUGCUCUAUUUCAUGAAAUUGGCUGUAAGUCUAAUAAGUCUCAGUCUGAAAAGGCACUUCCCACGUUUUCCUGUAAUUCAAGGCCCAUCAUGUCACUGCCUUGACGUGCACUACUAUGUUCUCACCGCUUACAUUUCUAUUUAAGUUGAUUAAGUCUUUGGCAUUCAACCACAGAAAAAGGAUAUAACAGCCAUCCCAAGUCACACCAGUGUCAUUUGUCAAGUUUGAUUUCAUUCUGACGACUCUAAUAACGUCAAAAAGCAGGGCGACGAUUUCAGCUAAAUGCCUUAAACAUGUUCCCUCCUAACUUCAUGUUUCAGGCCGAGUUACUUCUUUAAAUCACGCUGGAAUGAUGGUUUCUUCAUCUGUCAAGUGAAUGUAUUUGCAUUUGCCAAAGACUUAGUUCUUGUUAGUGUUUAUUUACAGGCCGCCUAUAUGCAUCAUGAGAGCAGUAUUAUUAUUAUUAUUAUGAAUAUUAUUAUUAUUAUUAGGGAAACCCACGUUGUUCAUGAGGAAAAGUAUAUGUAUAAAUUCUAUGCAGUGCAGAGAUGGUCAUCAUAUGCAUAUUCAGCUGUAAACCUAAAGGUAGGUGGAGUUUAUUUAAUUGUUAUGUUAUUUACAAAUUGUUCAUUUUCGUAGAAGGAUUUUGUGUGUGUGAUGUGAAGACACUUCUCUGUAAAUACAGUCAGAAAAAUGGUCUUUCAUGUUCAUGGGUAUUAUCACUUUCAUUAUGCUGGUCUCACUUGUACAAUAAUAAAAGUGUCUGAAAUCUUUUACGCAAAA